AUGAAUAUGAAUAUCCACUUAAAAUCAUUUGAUUUCGAGAAUUCAUUGACCUCAAACUCUAAUCAAAGAUUUCUUGCACCUUUAGGUGCUUAUAAUCCUAGAUCCAGUACUUCUCAAGAAAAAGCUGCGAAGCCUAGACUACGCAAUUUGAGCAGUUCAAAAGAAAACGAAGAUCAUAUAGAAUCAGCCAAAAGACGCCCUUCAACUGCAUCAGAAAAGCAAAAGCUGCGAGAGAUAAUAAAACGCUGCAAAAGACAUGAAAAAUCUCAAGAAAUCUUAUCAUUUCACAAGUGCCCUGAUUUAAUCGAAUUUCCUAAAUUUCCUGAAAGAAAUUUAAAUCACCGUAAACAUAGCUCAUUUCUCCAUAAAGCUCAAGCAUCCUUAAAGCUUAUAGAGAAUUCCCUAGAAUGGCCUGACAAGGGCAAGCAUUUGGAGACUAAAACUCUCCAAUUGAUUGGACCAAUUCAGGUUGUCAUGCCAACUGGAGAGUUGACAAAUGAGCCUCUCUCAAACUGUUUUGAUCAGCCUGAGCUACCUAGUGCAGAGUUUCUGUCACCAAAGGCAUGCCAUUACAGGCCAUUCUAGAGAAUUCCCUAUAGAAAUUUCAAGCUUGACCAGCCCCAAAAUCCAGAAAUCGCUUAUAUUCAUUAUCAGCCUAUUUCUUUAGAAAGUACAUCUUUUAGAUUCACCGAAAAAUACAAAAAAAUUAAAGAAGAAACUGAUUUUCCGCGUCGGAUUUUUAAAACUUCUACAAGAAGAACGCUUUCUAACCAUUUAUCAUUAAAAGAGCAAACAGAUUCUUCUGAUAUUUUGAGAAUUCAUAAAUGUCCUUCACUGAAUUCUACUAGAAGUAAAUCAGUGCCGAGGAAAACGAGGAGCAUUUCGAGGGCUGCUUCGGACGUGCAGACUGAAACAAAUGAUGAAGAAAUUGAGAUUCAAUAUAGCUUGUGCAUGGCUAUGAAUAAGAAGAAAUUUCCAAGCGAUUAAUAAGCAAAUAUUUAACAUUUUGGAGUGCUAGAGGCAUGAUUUCAAUCCAAUGGUAGGUAAUAAAGGUGUCCAGGCUAUACUCAAACUUCGCAAUUUAUGAAAAAGAAAGCCAAGAAGAAGAAAGCCCAAUAAGAAGAGAGCCUAGGUAUUUAAUGUAA